AUGAGUCAUUUUUCGUUAGCGCAACGAGAUCUUAGUCCUGACUGGGAUAGGCAACAAAAAGAGUUAUGCGAUUAUGCUGUUGCUGUGAUACCGGACAAGUGUUCUUUGUUUUUUCAACUUUUGAAAUCGUUACGAUUUCAAACAUCAGGUUCCACGACGACGCAAUCCUUUACAAAAGAAGUGUAUAAAAAUAAUAAUCCUAACUCCACGGCCAAUUUAUUUUUAUGGACACAAUCCACUACUUCACUUGGCUGUUUUGUUUCAGAAAAUUUAUUACCAGAGCCUGUGGAUAGAUCACUGAUUCUAUUAGAUGGUUACCAGAAUGGGUUAUGUCGUUCGUAUAGUGUAGCAGGAACACUGCGGCAUGUUUUCUUUGAUCUGAUUGUGUGUUUUGUUAAACAAGUGCAAUUAUGUGAAUGUACGGGUGUUCAAAAUAUGUUGGAUUUUUGUGAAGAUUUGUUUUCUCUUGAUGAUGACAUUGCUUAUCGAUGUUAUACUGAUCAAGGGUUGAUGUUCCAACGUUUGAGAGACCCAAGCUCUUUUAGUGACCUUGUUUUCCAGCAGUAUCUUUUAAAAUAUCUUCCUUAUAGUCUUUCUUCUUUAUUACAAAUGAUUUCCAGUUUAAUACCACAAGUUUCUCAACAAAAGUGUACUUUCAAAUUAUUUCAGGCGACGCAACGGUUUCAUCAACUCAUGCAAUUGCUUAUAAGUCCACUUGACAAAAUUUGUUUUCCACCGUUAUUUUCAACUAUUCAUCCUAUAUCUUUGAAAUCAAAACCCUUGACAACCAAUGAAUCGAAUGUUCCUUUAAAAGACAAUUUGUUAACUCUUUCAACUUGUCAUGUAUCAGUAGAGGAGGUUCCUAGUGAAACGACUAAACGAACAAUCGCUUCAACGCCUAUUCCAGAAGCAUAUAAAAAAAUGGAGGAUAAGAGUGAUGAAAAAUCUUUUGUGAAUGAUGACUUUAUUGAAAAAAAUACUUGGGCCGUUUCAUCUAUGCAUUAUUUUCUACAAGAACCCAUUUAUCUUGAAUCCAUUCUUUUUGAAAUGUUGGGUUUAAAUUCAAAUGACGUAUGUCAAAACAAUUGGACUCUGUUUAAAAAUCAAUAUGGUCAAAUUAUCUCUAUGCCCAUUGAGGAUGCUUCUUUAAUAAGUGCCUUUGCUUCUUCUACUUUAUACGAAGGGUAUACAACACCUCUUCCUUUACCGAAAAAUUUUGUAGCGCCCAAUGUUGAAUUACCAGUGAUUGACAAACGUCGUUAUUGUGGAUGUUUAUGGGCAGUGGGAGUGUCUUCUUUAUCUUUUGAUUCAGUUCAAAAUUUUUUAAAUCCUAUUGAUCCAGAAUCCAUUACCAACUUUAUUUAUCGAUUUAAAGAAAGGCGUGAAGAAAAAGAGAUGCAUACCACGCGUCGAUUUUCAGAAGGUUUGGACAUGGCUAUGUCACCGAAUCCCUUUUCUUCUUGUCAAGAAAAUUUCAAUCAAAUCACUCAAGAAGCAUGGUUAGCUUUUCAGCUUUUCAGUUUAAGUCCCGGUAACGUUCCUCCUUACACCAUUCAGUGGGAUAUUAGUUCUACCAAUGUUUCUUUACUUCAUUUAUUAUGGGUCAUUAUGGACGGUCUUUUAGAAGAGAUCAAAAAAUAUUCAGUACCAUCUUCUUCUCAAUCCUGUACCAUAAAUUAUUUAGUGCAAAUAGUCCAUUUAUUUGGAAAAAUCCUUUCUACGCAUUCAAUGACUGUGCUUUUUUUUUCUCACCUUCUGUGUCGUUCGACUCAAGCAUUUCAAUCACCUACCAAGUUGUUUCUUCAGUUGUAUUCAACUCUUUGUACCUCCGUUCAUUUAGUGAAAUUGUAUCACGUAACAGGUUGUAUUCCUAAUGCGAUCGUUUUGUUACUUAUUACAUCACUCAACGCGUUGAAAUACGUGAUGGUUCCUAUUCAUAUUGAAGAUAUUAAACAAUUUUUCUUGCAAAAAGAACCAAAUCAAAUGAUAACGUUCUUGUGGACCUCUGUGUGUUAUUCAAACCGGUUGCAGUGUCCCCGUUAUCUUCAAACAUCGGAUUGUGCAACAAAUUGUUUAUAUAUUCAUUGGCUUUUUCGAUUAUUAUCAUCUUCGUUAUGUGGAACGCCUUUAUUAGAAAAUAAAUCAUUACCUUUAUUACCUUUAAUGUCUCUUAUGAAUGCUGUGAAGCAAUGUGUGGAAUUCGUUUUUUCACCCGACUUGUCAUGUAGUCUCAUUACUGCAGCUUUACGUUUAUGUACACUUUUAAUAAAAUUGACACCAUUUUCAGCAUGGCCCUGUAGUGCUUUUAAUGAAGCUUUAAUAACGUCUCAAAUAACUCGGGAAACUGUCAAUGUUCUAGUACGCUCACAAAAUGGAAUGGAAGGAGAUUGGGAUAUUGUCAAUGCUUUUGUUGAAAAUUAUGAAAAUGAUUUUUGGGAGAUGUUAUCCUCCAUUCUUCCAAGUUGUGCCUUGUACCAACCUCGAGAAUCUUUUGAAGCAUCUCAAAAUUCUUUAAUCCAUUUUCGUACCAAAAUCAUGGCAGAAAUGAAUACCGCUAAAGAUUUUCAACUCUUUAAUGCUAUCUUAUUUCUUGUUUCAAAUGUUGCAUGGAAUCAAGCUUGUUCUUCGUUACAUGGUUUUCAAAUAUUGGAAAGAACUUUUCUUUUGCGUCAAGUCAUGGAACCUUUGUGCCUUAUCGUUCAAUCUUUAACACAUUUUAAUUCAUGGAAUUUGGAUAGUCAUUGUGAAACAUUAUUGCAAGCUUCAAAAUUACCACCGGAUUGUAUUACCAACACUCGAAAGAUGCAAAAGACUAUUUUAUGUACUUUGUGGGAACACAAUAUCUUGACCUCCCUUGCCAAUUUUCUUACAUUUGAAGGUUGUGUUAUCGUAACAGAUUCUUAUGAAAAAAAAAAAUGUAUUCGUCAAUGUUUUUUUAAUCCAUUAUUUAUGCAAGCCUAUAUAUUUGAUUUAUUAUCGUGUCAUAAAACUCAUAAUAUUUUGACGUCAAUAUGUCUUACGUCCAUGCAAAUGGAUCCUUGUGGAACUAAAGCAUUAGAACAAGCUAAAGAAUUUGUCAGUGAAUGCAUUGUUUUUUUUAUGCACCUAAGUACAGCAGUGCAUUCCUAUGCUUCGCGUGAAGAUGCAAUCGAUCUCUGUCAACCUUCUUCUUAUUUAGAAGGAGUAGCUAAAUUUUUAAAUGACAUGAAAGGCGCAGUUGUGAAAAAUAACACUCCAUCUUCAACUUUUUUAUAUUGUUCAAAAUCAUCGUUAGCUUCAAAUGAUUUAUUUGAGCAAAUUGAUCAUCGGUUCAUGCUUGAUAGAAUGUAUGAACAAAUGACACGAGGCUGGUCUUUUCCUGUUAAUUUCCUCAUGUCGUUAAUGCUAUCGACAACAUUUUAUGGCGAUGGAAUCCUAUCGCAGAGUUCUUUUUUAAUUCACUCUUUAAUGAAAGGAUCACAACAUUCUUCUUCUUGUGACACUAAAAAAACAGACAUUCAUGGAAAUGUUUCUUAUGAAUCGGUUGUUUCUUAUUUAAUGAUUCAACAUCCAAGUGAAUUACAAGUGACCUUGUCAAAAUGCUUUGAAUCUUCAAAUGAAGCGUGUACUAAAGCUUUAUGGUCUGUAUUAAUUUUCAUGGAAAAAAUUCUUGUAAAGUUUUCCAUUCAAACUAUGAUCACCGCACCAGCUCACUUGAGUUUAUUAUUUUUCCCAUUUCUUGAUAUACAUCAAAAAAAAAAUGCAACGGUGACGGUAUCCUCUCAUGUCAAACUUCUUCCUCAUAUCAUUCCACUGUUUCGUCAUUUCGUUUUAAGACAAGAACCUCAAACUUUUGAUAAGGAGCGUGCUGUUUGGGAAGAUAUGUUAGUGUUUUGUAUGUUUUGGCUGGCUCGAUUCCUUUUCUGGAUUGAAAUCACAAUUCAAAAUAGUCCUAUUCAACAGUUACUCAUUCUCGAUACGUUAUGGAUGGUAACAUACUCUCUCGAAUUGUUAUGUCAAUUAUUCUCUAUAGUUUUCCCUAAUGGAUUAUCAUUCUUUACCUAA